AUGGCAUCGAUGAAGUUUGAUCUACCGCUGCUGGAUUACAAGAUGAGAUUUGCACUGUGGCAAGUCAAGAUGCGGGCGAUUCUGGCACAAUCUUUGGAUCUUGAUGAGACGUUGGAUGGUUUCGGAGGAAUAGGGCAGAAGUCCUGGACCACUGAAGAGAAGCGGAAGGAUCAUAAGGCUCUAUCUCUAAUUCAACUUCAUCUACAUAAUGAUAUUUUGCAAGAAGUGCUACAUGAGAAAACUGUCGUAGAACUUUGGCUCAAGCUGGAAUUGAUCUACAUGUCCAAGGAUCUAACCAGUAAGAUGCACAUGAAGAUGAAGUUGUUUACGCACAAGCUGCAAGAAGGUGGUUCGGUGAUGAACCACUUAUCGAUCUUUAAGGAGAUCGUUGCCGACCUAGUGUCGAUGGAGGUAAAAUAUGAUGAUGAAGAUUUAGCUUUUCUACUGUUAUGCUCACUGCCUACUUCGUUUGCAAAUUUCCGAGAUACCAUACUAUUAAGCCGUGAUGAACUAACGCUUACGGAAGUAUAUGAGGCCCUCCAAACGAGGGAAAAGAUGAAAGGUAUGGUUCAGUCUGAUGUGUCGUCCUCCAAGGGUGAAGUGUUGCUGGUUAGAGGCAGGCCUGAGCAGAAAACCUACAACAACAACAAUAAUCGAGACAAGAGCAAGUACAGUAAAGGCCGUUCCAAGUCCAGAGACAGGGAUAAGUUCUACAGGUAUUAUGUGAGACACAUACCAGGGAUAGACAGAAAUCUCAUCUCCCUCAGCACACUUGAUGCUAAGGGGUACAGACACUCCGAUUCAGGUGGAGUGUGUAAGUUGAGAGUUUUCGGUUGCACUGCUUAUGCUCAUGUUGAUAAUGGAAAGCUAGAACCUAGAUCCAUUAAGUGCCUAUUUCUUUGUUAUGGUUCUGGAGUUAAAGGAUAUAAGUUAUGGAAUCCUGAAACUAAAAAGACUUUCAUGAGCAGGAGCGUUGUUUUCAAUGAAUCUGUUAUGUUUAAUGACAGCUUGUCCACAGAUGUUUCACCAGUUAGUUCUGAUGAGGAGCAGGAACAUGUUAGCGUGCAGGUGGAGCACGUAGAUGAUCAGGAAACUGAAAUUGUUGAUAAUAAUGUUCAUGAUAUUGUUCAGCACUCACCUACUGUUUUGCAGCCUCAAAAUCAGUUUAUUGUAGAUCGUAGAACAAAGAGGAAUUGUGGACCUCGUCCACGUUUAAUUGAGGAAUGUGAUAUUGUUCAUUAUGCCUUUAGUUGUGCUGAACAGGUGGAGAACAUUCAUAAGCCGGCUACGUACACUGAAGCUGUUGUUUCUGGUGACCGCGAGAAGUGGAUUUCCGCUAUGCAAGAGGAGAUGCAGUCACUCGAGAAAAAUGGCACAUGGGAUGUUCAAAGUUACAUUAAGAAAGUUCUUCAUCGUUUCAACAUGCAUGAUGCAAAGUCUGUUAGUACUCCUAUUUCUCCUAAUUUCAAUUUAUCAGCUUUACAAUGUGCUAGUACGGAUAAGGAUUUUGAGUACAUAUCAAGAGUUUCAUAUUCUAGUGUUGUUGGUUCUUUGAUGUAUGCCAUGGUUUACCCUCGUCCUGAUUUAUCAUAUGCUAUGAGUUUGGUUAGUAGAUACAUGGCUAAUCCUAGUAAAGAACAUUGA